GUCACCGUCCUCUCUUCUGAGGGUCUUUAUUGACAGCAACUCUCACCGCCUGCUUUUGGCAAAAGGAAGCAAAGAAUGAAGCAUUUACGACGACACCCGCCAGGCUCUUGCUUGUCCUUUCUCUCGUUCAUGGUGCUUUGCAGCUGGCGGACAUUGAAAUAUUUCUAAUUUACAAUAAAGCAAACAAGCUCUGCCUUCAGGCUUCUAUUGCACGGUCAGUUAGAACUGCUACUUGCCAUCAAGACAACGAAUCACAAAAAUUUAGGUGGGUCACCAAUCAUCAACUUAUGAGUGUGAAACUGAACCUAUGCUUGGGUGUGCUUUCAAGGGAGGAUCAGGCUGUGAUCACCUUGUAUCCGUGCAACCAGACAAGUGAGCUCCAGUGAUGGGACUGCAGAAAUGAAAGCCUUCUUGCAAUCCAAGGAGAAGAUUUAUUUUUUAGUCCGGGCAAUGGAGAACGUGAUAAUGUUAUGCUAAAGAAGGGGUUGAGCGCAAAGAAUAAUUGGAAAAUCUAUGGAACUACGGAUGUUUUAUGUUCCCGUGGAUAUGAAGAGACCUUUACAUUGCUAGGAAAUGCUUUUGGGGCACCUUGUGUAUUCCCUUUCAUGUACAAUAAGCAGUGGUACUCUGAGUGCACAGACGCUGGCAGGUCAGAUGGCUGGCUCUGGUGUGGAACAACUGCAGACUAUGACACAGACCAGCGAUAUGGAUUUUGCCCAUUAAAGGAUGAAGAUACCACUUGGACUACAGGUCUUUUAACAAAUGUCCGCUAUCAGAUAAACUUGGAAUCAGCUCUCACAUGGCAUCAAGCAAGGAAAAGCUGUCAGCAACAAAAUGCAGAAUUACUAAGUAUCGCUGACAUUCAUGAACAAAUAUACCUUAAAGCGUUAAUGGAAAGUACAGAUUCUGCACUGUGGAUUGGACUUAACAGACUAGAUUUGAGGAGUGGAUGGGAAUGGAUUGGAGGCAGUCCUUUCCGAUAUUUAAACUGGGCUCCAGGAAGUCCCUCUCCAGAACCUGGAAAGAUUUGUGCAGUUUUGAAUCCUGAAACAAGCGCUAAAUGGCAAAACUGGGAAUGUGAUCAGAAACUUGGCUACAUUUGUAAAAGAAGAAACUUCACCUUGGUUCCCUCAGGUGACUUUGGGCCUAUUAGUUGCCCAGAUGGAUGGGUACCAUAUGUAGAUCACUGUUACAAGAUCUUCAGGGAGACCAAAACAUGGAAAGACGCUUCGACCUCCUGUCAAAAGGAAGAGAGUCACCUGGCCAGUAUCCGUAACCUCGAAGAGCACAGCUUCAUAGUAUCUCGGCUUGGGUACAAGCCAACAGAUAAGCUGUGGAUUGGACUGAAUGAUCAUAAGGUUCAAAUGUAUUUUGAAUGGAGUGACGGUACUCCUGUGACGUACACCAAAUGGCAGCUGGGAGAGCCAUCCAGCACAAACAACAGGCCAGAAGACUGUGUACUUAUCAAGGGGCAGACUAUGCCUGUGAGAAAAAAGCUGGUUAUAUUUGUAAAAGAAAACCUGUAUCACAAACAGCUGGAGGAAAGGAAAGCACUGAUGAAGGUUGCAAAAAAAUACGAACAAGCCUAUUUGACUAGUCUUGUUGGGCUGAGGCCCGAGAAAUAUUUCUGGCUUGGUCUGUCUGAUGUGGAGGACCAAGGCACUUUCAGGUGGGCCAAUGGUGAAGCCAUCUCAUUCACACACUGGGAUGCAGCAAUGCCUGGAAGGCAGGCAGGAUGUGUUGCCAUGAGAACUGGACCUGCAGCUGGAUUAUGGGAUGUUCUUGACUGUGACAAAGCAAAAUUUAUCUGUAAACAGUGGGCAAAGGGUGCAACAGCCCCACCUAUUCCAACUACAGCUCUGGCCCCCACGUGCCCUGAAGGCUGGAUAUCAAACACCCGCAGUAGUUCCUGCUUUAAAUGUUUUCACAGAGAAAAUAUUGAAAAGAAGUCAUGGUUUGAAGCUCAACAUUUUUGUAGAAAAAUAGGAGGGGAUUUGGCUACCAUUAAUAGUCAUGAGGAGAUACAGUUAGUAAAAAAAGCAAUACGUGGCACUCGCUGUAGCUUUGGAAAGAUUUGGCUUGGUAUGUUUUCCUUGAACCCAGAUGAAGGAUUUGCCUGGAGUGAUGGUUCUCCAGUUUGGUACACAAAAUGGGACAAUAGUCCAGGAGAUUCAGAAGGAGACAAGUCCUGUGGCUUAUUUGAUGACAACUCUCUUUCUGGUAAAUGGUUUCUUUGGCACUGUGAAGCACAGAAUGACUGGAUUUGUCAAAUAAAAAAAGGAAUGCCUCUAAAGCCUGAACCAAGUGACACAUAUGAAUACAAAACCACUGAGGAUGGAUGGGUCAUAUAUGAAGAUAAGCUAUACUACGUCAGCAAAGACUGUGUGUCCAUGGAAAAAGCCCAAGAGUUUUGCAGGAAGAAUUCUGCAGAUCUGGCUGUUGUUAAUAGUAAUAGUGAGAGGAUGUUCUUAAGGAGAACUCUAAAAAAAAAAGAUAAAUAUUGGAGUAAUUCUACACCAUACUUCAUUGGUUUAAAAGUGAGUCUUGAUAAAAAAUUUAGCUGGAUAGAUGGGACUCCAGUGACCUAUGUGGCUUGGGCUCCCAAUGAACCCAACUUUGCAAACAAUGAUGAAAACUGUGUGAUAAUGAUGUCAGAUCUAGGCUUGUGGAAUGACAUAAACUGUGGUUCCUCCAAUAAUUUUAUAUGUGAAAAGCAUAACAGUUCUGUUAAUUCAACUUUUGCUUCUCCAUUGCCUCCUGGAGGAUGUCCAGAAAGUUGGCUUUUUUUUAACAACAAGUGUUUCAAAAUAUUUGCUUCCACUAUAACAAGAAAGCUCACGUGGCAUGCUGCACGAGACAUUUGUAUAGAUUUGGGAGGAAACCUGGCUACCAUAUCAAAUGAACAAGUGCAAGCCUUCCUCUUUUAUCAUUUAAAGGAAGCCACAACUGAUGUUUGGAUUGGAAUGAACGAUAUCAAUGCAGAGUCCACCUUUCUUUGGACAGAUGGAAGCACUGUUUCCUACACCAAUUGGGUUAAUGGUGCACCAGAAGAGAAACAAAGUUUCUUUGACUUUUAUGACUACCUCACAUUGACUGACAACACUGUGGAGACAGACUGCGUCUUCGCGAUAAAGACAGACGGGAAGUGGAGGGAUGAUAGCUGUGACAACGAGAGAGGCUAUAUAUGCCAAAUGAAUUCACCUACUACACAAUCUGAAGUAUCAACAACAAAUCUGUCUUCUGAUUUUGUGCAUUAUGGUGACAGUAGCUAUUCAAUCAUCUCUUCUGAAAUGCAAUGGGAAGAAGCCAGAAAAAACUGCCAAGACAAAUCUGCAGAACUUGCCAGCAUUUUAGAUGCCUACAUCCAUUCAUUCCUGUGGAUCCAGACACUGAAAUAUGGAAAACCUGUAUGGAUCGGUCUUAACAGCAAUGUGACUGGGAGAUAUUACAAAUGGACUGACAACUGGAAAACUAGGUACACUAAAUGGGCAGCAGGAGAGCCAAAGGAGAAAAACACUUGUGUCUAUCUAGAUCUUGAUGGUACCUGGAAAACAGCAUCUUGCAAUGAAAGUUACUUUUCAGUUUGUAAAAUAUCAGAUGUUAUAGCUCCUACUGACCCUGCUCAGCUGCCUGGAGGCUGCCCUGAAGCAGAGGAACUCCGAGCUUGGAUUCCUUACCACGGCCACUGCUACUACAUCGAAUCGUCAGCUAGGACAAGUUGGGCCCUGGCUUCCCUGGAAUGUGCCCACUUAGGUGCUACCUUGGUUUCAGUAGAAAAUGUGGAAGAAUCAGACUUUCUGAUACACAAAAUACAACUGCUUGGAAACAAAGUAGGAGGUUUCUGGAUAGGACUUUACAGAAAUGUGGCCGAGCAGUGGCUGUGGCUAGACAAUGCUGCAGUGGAUUUUGUCAACUGGGCAGAGAAAGAGUCCAGUGUGGAGCAUCGCUGUGUUGAAAUGACUGCACCAUCCGGUUAUUGGGAUAACAUUGAAUGUUCUUCUGAAAAAGGAUUUAUCUGCAAAAUACGCAAAGUUGAGCCAAGUGGGAGUCCUCUACAUAAGAAAGACAAGGAAAGGAAUGGAGAGACUCAUCCAUCUGUCCAUCUAUCUGCUUGGCUACUGGUUUUCUUGGCCAGUCUCACUCUUCUUGGAGCUGGCAUGUCAAUCUACUACUGCAAGAAAAAAAGACAAAACCAACUAUCAAGAGAGACUGGCAAUGAAACACUUUUAAAUUGCAGUGUCAGAGGUUAAGGAACUGGUGAGAAUGGGUCCUGUGGCACUUAUCAAUUCAGAGGAACAAGCUAUUUGCUGAAAUUAAAGGAUGUGCCUGUUAAAAGUCUCCAAUGAGGAUACCUGUAAUCUUAAAUCAAAUCCCAUUUCCUUUUUUGCAAUAGCAGCCUCUUUUGUAUCAUAUUUUACAAAAUCAGAAUUACUGACAUGUUAUAGUUUUGUAACAGUCAGGUUGUUCUUGCAUGCCUUAGCAAACAUACUGGUAUAAAUCACUUGUCAAGAACAAAUGAACAUAGUGAAAAAGAACUAUAAAAGUCAACUGGUGAGAAUAAAUAUUCACUAAAUUGUGAUUCCUAUAUAGGACUGGAUUCCCAUGUCUUUGUGAACACUGCAAAGAACUCAAAAGAAAUCUGCCUAACUGUUGCCAUCCUGAACUCCUUUUGCCCCACAAGCUUCACUCCAACAAUCCACCCAUUUUAUUGAUUUUUACUGCUGAAUCCUACUACCUUUAUUUUAAAAAUGUGACUUCGUAUAAUAAUCUCAGAUAACUUUGGCAGAUAAAACCUUACCUUUCUCAUUUUCUGCUGCAGAAAAUGCAGUUCACACCAGCAAAGGAUAUUAAAAUCAGGCAUGUUUUUUUUCGAUCUGAUAAUAUGAUUAACUUUGUAAUACAUUCAAUAUAUGUGAAUUAAAAUAUUCUCACCCUUGCAAAAGGGUUUAAACAA